AUGAGCACGGCCAAGCACGAGGAAGGGGCCCCAGUUCCCUUCCGGGCGUCGCGCCUGGCGGCCUUCGCCAUCCGGCCAGGCUCGGUGACCAACACCCCCUCCCCGCGCAUUGGCACGCCGCCCAUCCAUGCACACGCACCGCCGGUGCCCGGCGGCAACUCGCUUGCCGAUCGGCCCGCGUCCGGUGAUGCGACCAGGGAUUUCGGCCGCAUGGACUACCAGGCGCCGGGGCACCCUCAUGAGCGAGCCCCCCGGCGGCUUUCCUUCCUGGGCCGAAGCCAGGCCAUGCCGCUGCAGUCGUCGGGCGCCUGGUCCGACACCGGGUCCAGCAGCCAAGAGAGUCUGCAUGAUGUGCAGUCAUCACAGCACCAGCAGCAGCUCCAGCAGGCGCCGCCGCCCGCGUACGACCUGGCUGGCUCGAUGGCGGUGCAGAUGAUCCCCGCGGCCGGCGGGCCGGGGCCCGACUCGGCGGCCUACUCGGCGGCCAGGUGGAAUGCCACUUCGCCACCCUAUCCCGAAGACGUGUCCGGCGGGGGCCCCGGAAAUGGCCAUGCGACGGGCGACCCGAGCCUGGACAUGGCGCGCCAGCAAUCGUCCUCAAGUACGCCGACGAGCGCCCGGCCAGGCCAGCGUCACCGACGCGCCACCGUGGCCCGCAAUGUCCACCGGCUGCUGGCCGCACAUCGGUCCUUUGCUCGGUUCAUGCAAUGGUGCAAGAUGGCCGUGUCCUUUGUGGAGAUCCUGGUCGACACGGCCGCCUUGACCAUCGGGCCUUCGACGGGCCAGUGCGCGCCGCUUUUUAAGUUCCUGAUCGCGCAUCUGGCCAUGUCGGCCGGCUUUGCGGCCCUGUCGAUAGUCACCCUGGCCCUGAUGACUGGAAGCCCGGCCGAGGAGAGACGCCCAGUCAAGUAUGCUCGUCGGACCCUGCGCGUCAUGGGCACGGCCUGGUUCGCCGGGGCCCAUUGGUAUAUGUUCCGCCGCGGGGGGUACACCCUGCACCGGGCGCCGGUCAUGCAUUGGACCACCGUGGCCUGGAUCGUCAAGGGCUACAUCUCCCUGGCCAUGCCGCUGAUCAUCCAGUUGGUGCUGCUGACGUGCCUGCCCUGUGUCAUGGGAGCCUGGUCGGCGGCGGCGACGGGAGCGGCGGCGGCGGCGAGCGCGCGCGCGGCCGCCGGUCAGCAGGGAGAUGGCGGGAGGCGCGGCGGCUCUUCGGCAUCGAAUGCGCCAAAGGUCGACAAGGGCGCCGAUGAGGCUCGCAUCAAGAAUCUUCCAGCCUUGGUGUUCCAGCCCGGCGGGGAUCUGGCCGACGACGACGCCCUGUGUGCCAUUUGCCUGGGGGAUUAUGAGCCAGGCGAGACGUUCCGGCGCCUGCCCUGCAAGCACCACUUCCAUAUGCGCUGCAUUGACCAGUGGCUGCCGGUGAACAAGCACUGCCCGCUGUGCAUGCAAUCCAUCGACUCGGUGCCCUCCGCGGGCGAUGCAUCGCCCCUGGGCGGGCGCGCCGACGGGGGGGUGGGCAUCAUCCUUGGCUUGAGCGGCCUCGGCGGGGCGCUCUUCCUGGGUACGGGCACCAGUCGCGCCUCUUCGCGCGGGUCGCUCGACGCCUCCUCGCCCGGGAGCAGCCCCGGCGGUGGGGCCCUGAGCACCGGCACCGAGGGCCCGUACCGCCUGCAGCAGCAGCAGCAGCAACAGCAGCAACAACAUGUCCUGCCGACCGUGGGCCCAGGCAGCAACGGCAGCGGCAGCGGCAGCGAGGCGUGUGUCUCGGUUGCCGGGUCUUCCGGGCCGCGGGCCGGCCACCGCCAGUUGACCCCGGACCUCAGCGCAUACCGGCUGCAUGUGGCAUGCGGCCGCUGUGGCGACCAGUACCCCGCGUCCUCCCGGCGAUUGGCCACCGAUGUGCCGGGGCUCUGCGGCCGGUGCCAGUCGGCGAACAGCGGCACGCCGGGUGCCGGCAGCGGCGCCGGCGGCGGGAGUGUCCCCGCCGGGGUGCUGGCUGCGCACCCGGCUGCCGGCGGAGCCGGGACCCCGGGCGACGGGGCCACGGGCGGGGCUCUGGCGCACCAGCACCUGGCCACGGGCGGCGGAGCGGUGGCCGCCAGCGAUGGGUCGUUGAUCCUGCUGCCAGGGUCGGCAGCCGGAACAACGGGCCUGGGCGAAGAGCGGCCCGGCUCCGGGGCUGGCGUCGGUGGUGCCACCGCCACCCUUGGUGGUGGUGGCGGCGGCGGCGGCGGCCGGGGAACAGGCCCAGCCGCCGACCAGGCCGACCUCCCCGACCGGUAUUCGCUGGUGGCCGUGGCCGGCGACCGCGAAGGCCGCCAUCCCACCCCGGGCGGCACCCUGAAGGUCCGCUCACCCUAG